AACCCUAAAAACCAAUAGUAUUUUGCCACAUCAUCAAGUCAUUAUGGGUCUUCAAAAUACCCUAGUAGCCUACUAUUAGCUCACCCCAACGCGGCGCACCAGAUUAUUACCCCAUUUCAUUCAGAGGAGUAGCUAGCGGAGCUACAACCGUCAAUUAACAAAAAGUUUCUUCUUUUCCCUUUCAGUUUUUCUUUUGAGGUUUCGAAGAACAAAAAGAAAAAUACAAAUCAUCAUGGGAGAUGAAGCAAUGGAGCGAGAGAAUUACUUAGCCCUGAAAGAUUUAAGAGUUGAAAUCGAAAGAGAAGAUGGAAACUUUUCUCUUUGCUUUUGGAUUUACCUCACCAACUCCACUACAUUUCCUGUUACACUUCUUCAAAAGGUUCCCCUAGAUGGCUCAAGCCAUUCUCCUUUACUUGUUAUAAAUGAAAAGGAGGUGAUGCUUUUUCCAUUACUUACCUUGCACAAUGAAGUUCAGAAUUCUUCAAGCCCUGCUUUUUCAUCAGAAGUUCCUCGUGCAUCUGUAGAGAUUGAGUUUCCUCUUGAAAAGUGGGUUCAUUUUGGAUGUGAGGUUCUGAUUGACUGCAUAAGGCUGCACAUUGAUGGAGAGUGUGUUGGAGAUAAGUCUCUGUCUUCUAUAUUUGAAAAAGAGUCCAGUGUUAAUGGUUCUGGAAAGAUCACUUUGGUUAGUGCAGGUGGAGAUGAGGCCAAUGAGCAGGGUUACAUUUACAAUAUUGAAGUUUUAUCCACAACGUCAUCCACCAAGGAUCACUUUGCUAAGGAUCCACCUGUACAAUUAUCUAUUGAUAAGUCAUCUGCAUCUGAGAUUGAAGAAGGCCAAGGUGGUAUUUGGAGUAUUGUUGGUGGCAAGGCAUCUUGUCGCAGGAACUUUUCUUUAGAUGUUGUCUUCCUUGAUACCUCUGACCAGCCUGUAAGCAAGGAAAUGGAGGUUGUGGCUUCACUUUUAUACCUUGAUAAUGGAGAACCUGUUGAGAGAACAAGUGAUGGAGAAGCUCCUCUUUUGGCUAGCUUCGAUGGAAUUGAAUUUGCUUCUUAUGAUAAGCCAAUUAAGCUAUUGCAUGGGCGUGCAUCUUUUAAGCUCAAAAUAUCUCAGCUUUCAUCCAAGUGUCAAAAUAGGCUUUUCCGCAUUAGGUUUCACUUGCCUAAUAUGAAAACAUAUCCUUUCUUUGAGGCAUUUUCUCCUCCAAUACGCAGUAUUUCACGAAACCAAAAUACUCGAGUAUCAUCUACAAUGUGGAAAAGGUCAAACUCUGCCCCCCACCAAAUAUCUCAAUCACCUGGAGUGGAUGAAGAUAUGAUGGAUGUUGAUCAAAAUUCUUCACAUGAAACGAAACCCAGUCCAUUAUCAAAGCGUUUAAGGUUGGGACAAGACAGAAUUUCCACAACCGUUAGGGCUGAUCCCACGCUGGAGACCCUUGAUGAUGAAUGCAACUCUCAUUCCAGGACCACAAAUAAUAAGGUUGAAGAUGUUUUCAUGACAGAUUCAACUGUUGGACCUGGAAACUUUGAUGAUGAAGACAACUCCUCAUCUGAAUCCGAAAGUAUAGAAGCGAGAAAUUCAGCUCCCAAGAGUACAUCAAGUACCAGAAAUCCAGUAUCAGAUACAACUAUCUUUAAAUACUGCCUGGCAGGCUUAACUGAGAAAUCCCUUCUCCUCAAGGAGAUUGCACACUCUGCUUCUAAUAAAGAACUUUUAGAUUUUGCAAAUCAGGUUUCCUUAUAUUCAGGCUGUUCGCAUCACAGGAACCAAAUUAUAAUGGCAAAACAAUUAGUAGAGGAAGGGACAAAGGUCUGGAAUUCAAUCUCACAAAACAACAACAGGGUUCAGUGGGAGAGCGUGGCUUUUGAGAUUGAAGAACAUUUUAUGAAAAUUGCUUGUUGCAGUUCUCGGUCUCUCACACAACAGGACUUUGACCUUCUGAAGAAAAUUGCCGGAUGCCAAGAAUAUGUGGCCCAAGAGAACUUUGAGCAAAUGUGGUGCUGGCUAUACCCUGUAGCUUAUACAUUAUCAAGAGAUUGGAUAAAUACAAUGUGGAGUUCUACAUCACCCAGAUGGAUAGAGGGAUUUAUUACAAAGGAAGAAGCAGAGUUAUCACUUCAAGGACCUAAGAGUUUUCAAGAGCCUGGGACAUUUAUACUUCGGUUUCCAACUUCAAGGAGCUGGCCCCACCCAGAUGCUGGUAGCUUAGUUGUGACAUACAUUGGAAGCGAUUAUACCCUUCGCCACAAGCUUCUCUCACUUGAUCAUUUAUAUAGUAGCUGCGCAAGCGAAGAUAAGGAUGUGAAGCCUCUGCAGGAUAUUCUUCUUGAAGAGCCUGAAUUAUCAAGAUUGGGAAGGAUUAUAAGAAGUCACUGAGUGAUAGGAAUGCCUUGUCAUCCUGUUUUUUGGCAGAUGGAUUCUGGGGGUGGCUACUGAUGUAUUUACUCAUCUUUGUUUAGUAUGUAUAUAACUUUUUUGUUUAAUCAUCAUUAUUGUGAAGGAAGAGAAGAUAAAUAGAAAGUGGGAGAUGUGCCUUUUAAUUUAUUUUGCUUAGGAAACAAGCAUUUGGACAGUGUUGUUCUUAUUAGCUACAUGGGGCAGUCCCAACUACAGAAAAGUCUUAAAUUUUGUACUUGUCUCCGGCCAAAAAUAUGUAUAUCACUAAAAUUUAACAA